AUGACGACCGAGGAGACGACGGGAACGUGGUCGUCGCGUGAGCAACAGCACCCGCCACGUGGGUUUCAGUUUCCAGACGGCCGAACGGCGACGUUCGUUUCAGACUCGACGGGUUCGAUGUACACGCGGCACUCGGCCUACUCGGCAAUCACGAACCCCCGAUACGCCGGGGUGCCGCCGAAGACGUCGUACAUGCCGUCGAGAAGUGCACAGCAUCACACGAGUUCUCACCACAUCCGCAAGAGAAAUGAGGUGCUUUUUCGAAACAAAACGUGGCACGGCUGAAAGGGAAUUUCAGACGAGGCGCUACACCAUCAACGACUUCCUGCAGGCUUUCGAGAAGAAGGGGAUGGAGUUGGACACGUCGAAAAAGUUGGGACGUGGCAAGUACAGCAAGGUGUACAAGGCGGUCGACAAGGCCAACAAUCGACUCGUUAGUCAUUCGUUCCGACGCCUUCUCGAUUCCCGAACUCCCGAUUCAGGUAGCCGUCAAAGCAAUAGACAUUCACGAGCUGACGGCCGACGUGAAGACCAAGUUCCUGCCGCGCGAGAUCAGUUGCUGGCGCAAGCUGAAGAAUCCGUUCAUCGUGGGACUUCAUGCUCAGUACGAGGCCCAGAACAUGAUCUUCCUGUCGAUGGAGUACGGCAAUCAGGGAGAUUGGUAAAUACGGAUUACAGUUCUCUAAUUGAAUUGAGUUUUGAUUUCAGCUCCGUUUUGUUCAAGAGAACGGAGGAUCGAGGAGAGCAAAGCGGGCAGAUUCAUGUCCCAACUGAUGCGCGGGCUCCAGUACAUGCACACGGUCCGAGCCGACCCCUGACUUUUCUGUUAAACUCUUUCCCAUUCAGAAACAGAUUGCCCAUCGCGACAUCAAACUCGAGAACAUCAUUCUGUUCGACGACUGCGUCAAACUCUCCGACUUUGGCUUCGUGCGCACCGUCGACAGUCAGACCGUCUCGCACACUUUCUGCGGAUCCAAGUCGUACUCGGCGCCCGAACUGCUGCGUGGCAUCGGCUACAACCCGUUCCUCUCGGACGUCUGGUCCCUCGGCGUCGUCGGAUUCGUCAUGGUCACCAACCGGAUGCCGUUUGACGAGAAGAAGCCGAAUCACAUGAUCGUCGAGUUGCAGAGGUUUGCUACGUCGUCCGAGAUGCUCGUAAGCGCCGAUUCCUGAUUUACAGAAACCGUCAGUACGUGAUCCCUCCAACGGUUUUCCUCUCGCACGCGUGCAUUUCCUCGUUCGAACUCAUGAUGACUUUCGACGUGAGAGGCCGUCCCAAUUCGACGCAAUGCCUAUGCCUUCCCUGGAUUUCUCCGCACAUUGAGGUGUCCGACCGCCGUUGCGGGUGGGUUCUUCCGAUCGAGGAAGAAAGGGCGGCGAAAUGAACGGAUUUGAUUGCAGAUAA